AGACGUCUCCCUGCAAUGGACCUUUAGCACAAUAUCUUUUAUGCUGAUGUUGUCCUGUAUUGUAACAAAAUAUAAGCUGCUUUGUGUCAAUUAAAUACUUUAGAAAUAACGAAAAUGGACAGUAUUAAUACAGUAACCCAGAUAAACUGGCACUCAAAAGCGGAGAAAAGUGAUGAUGAUCAGUCAACGUCUAGUUCACAGGUUGUUUGUGGAGGAUGUCGAAAGAAACUCUGGAGUUUGUUACCAGUGAAUUAUAAAGAAGAAACUGUAGAGCUGCUAAAACUGGCUGGACCAGUGUUUAUAUCUCAGCUGAUGAUCUUUCUGAUCAGCUUUAUCAGCACUGUGUUCUGUGGACACUUGGGGAAAACUGAACUGGCUGGUGUGGCUCUGGCUAUUGCUGUUAUUAAUGUGACUGGCAUCUCCAUUGGCUCUGGAUUGGCUUCUGCAUGCGAUACACUCAUCUCUCAGACUUUUGGCAGUAAUAAUCUGAAGCGGGUGGGUGUGAUACUGCAGAGAGGGAUUCUCAUCCUCCUGUUGGCCUGUUUCCCCUGCUGGGCACUGCUCAUCAACACAGAGCCCAUCCUGCUUGCUGUCCGACAGAGUCCCAGUGUGGCCAGUCUGUCACAACUCUAUGUAAAAAUAUUCAUGCCUGCUCUGCCUGCUGCCUUCAUGUACCAGCUGCAAGGACGGUAUCUUCAAAAUCAGGGUAUUAUUUGGCCUCAAGUCAUCACAGGAGCAGCAGGAAACAUCCUCAAUACUUUAAUAAACUACAUCUUCCUUCAUCUGCUUGAUCUUGGUGUGCCAGGAUCUGCUGCUGCAAACACUAUUUCCCAGUAUUCCUUAGCUGUGUUUCUCUAUGUAUACAUCCGCUGGAAGGGCCUGCAUGAAGCCACAUGGGAUGGCUGGUCUCUUGACUGUCUGCAGGAAUGGGGUGCCUUCAUUCGCUUGGCUUUUCCCAGCAUGCUCAUGCUAUGUGUGGAGUGGUGGACAUAUGAGAUUGGUGGAUUCCUAGCAGGGCUCAUCAGUGAGACUGAGCUAGGAGCCCAAUCUGUUGUGUAUGAGCUGGCCACUAUUGCAUAUAUGUUUCCACUGGGAUUUGCAGUAGCAGCCAGUGUGAGGGUGGGAAAUGCACUAGGAGCUGGAAACACAGAACAAGCCAAGCGGUCUGCCAAAGUAUCUUUAGCCUGUGGACUGCUGGUUUCUUGUGUGGUGGCAACCUUAAUUGGAAGUACAAAAGAUAUUAUUGGAUACAUCUUUACCACAGAAGAGGAGAUAGUGCUCAGAGUAUCAGAGGUCAUGAUCAUGUAUGGCUUCUUUCAUUUAUUUGAUGCCAUUGCGGGCAUUACAGGUGGCAUUGUCAGAGGUGCUGGAAAGCAGCUGCUCGGUGCUCUUUGUAAUAUUGUGGGAUAUUAUUUUGUGGGAUUCCCAAUUGGAGUGUCUCUGAUGUUUGCUCUCAGCAUGGGCAUAAUUGGUCUGUGGAUUGGAUUAUUUGGAUGUGUUUUCCUACAGUCUUUGUUCUUUAUCAUCCUCAUUUGCAAACUGGAUUGGAAAAAAGCGACUCAAGAGGCCUUGAUCAGAGCAGGUGUACCACCCCCUAAGACUAAAGAUGAAUCUUACGCUAUGGAAAAUAAGGGCUGCACAGAAGAAGUACCACAGGUAUCACAGCACACUGAAGAAAGCCAAACACAUGCAAACACAGAUGUGGAAGGUCUCAGUGAAGGAGGAGGAAUAACAGAUGCUGGCACAAAGAUCAGAGUUGGUGAGGUUUUGACAAACAAACAGCUUGUUAUCCGUCGAGGACUUGCGGUUUUCUUCAUGCUGUUUAUACUAGCUGGAGGGAUUGUGUUAAAUGAGGUGCUCACUGGAUUUCUCAGAUGAGCAUAAUGAAUACAGAGUUUUGUUUGCAAUCCAAUCCAAGAUUUUUUUUCUUUUUUUUUAUCCACCAUUGCCUGGGCCACCUAAGCAAAGUUAAUAGUAUUUUAGGUAGAUUAAUGUGUUUUAUUUAUUUUUUAAUUCCAAGCAGCCUUUUUGCAAUCUCUAGUAUUAGAUGUGGUAAUUGUGUCAUGGACUUGCAAUGUGAAAGUAAAACAUUUAUGGAAAUGUUUUUUUUUUUUCUUUCUUUUUUUUUCUUUUUUUUUUUAGGAUAAGCUGUAAUGGUUACUUGACAUGUAUUUUUUAUUUAUUGUCAUUCUUGGGUUUGUUUGUCAAGCACAUUUCCGCUGAAGACCAUUUUUAACCAGGAAAAAAAUCCUGUGAAUGUAUAGUUAUUUUACUUAUUUUUUUUUAAUAUGUACUUGUUACUCAUAUUCAAAAAUGUCAAAAAUUUUAGGACAUCUUAGGGACCUUAUUUCAGAUAUGCAGAUUCUCUAGGAGAAAAUUAGGCUACACUUCGUUUUUAAGUGUCCUUGUUACAGUGUAAUUAUACAUUUAAGAACUGGGUUAUAUUAAUGAACUACAUGUACUAACUACUUUAUAUGGUUAGGAUUUGGGUUUGGCUUAGGAUCACUUGCAUUUAAUUAUGCAUAAUUAAUUGUUAUUAUAAUAGUAAGUACAUGUAAUAUGUAACAAGGACACCUUAAAAUAAAGUGUUGCCAAAAAUUAAUUGAAUUAGCAUAACUAACUGGAACCCAAAGAGACAUCUGCAUGAAGAAAUCUUUUGCUUUUUCACAAAAUUUCCAUUUGAAUGGAUUCCUGCAUGAUUUUGCCUGUGAAAAAAUGCAGAACAAUGGUAAAUGUGACAGCACAUUUAGCCUGUGUUUAGUUAGAUUGCAUGGUGUUGACCAGCACUGAAAUGAAAAUGUAUGAUCAUUGUGUUAUUGUCUUGAUUUAAAUACUUUAAUGAAAUGAAAUCUAAUAAAUGAAAUAAAAAUAAAAUCUUCUCAACAAAAUAUUUUAAUAAACCGAUUACUGAAGAAUCA